AACACUUGUGGGAUUUCAUCAUUUUCAUCAUCUCCAAUGGCUAUUCACAAACCUUCAAGUGUCGUUUUCUUGGUGUUUUUAUGCUUGAGCAUUUGUGCGGCUGCUAGAGUUCUCUUAUCAGUCGAAGAGGGCUACAGUCAUGGUGGUUAUGAAGGUGGCAGUUUAUCUGGAGGUGGUGGUGGUGGAGGUGGUAGUGGUGGUGGAGGAGGAGGAGGAGCUGCUUAUGGAGGAGGUGGUUAUGGAUCCGGAAGUGGGGCUGGUGAAGGUGGUGGAUCAGGGUAUGGUGGUGGAGCUGAAGGAGGGGGAGGCGGCGGUAGUGGAGGAGGUGGUGGAGCUGGAGGAGGAGGAGGAGGAGGAGCAGGAGCAGGAGUUGCGGGAGGACAUGGUGGGGGUUAUGGUGGAGGAGAAGGAGCCGGGAGUGGUGGUGGAUACGGUGGGGCUGGAGGAGCAGGUGGCGGAGGUGGAGGUGGACAUGGUGGUGGUGGUGGUGGUGGAGGAGGAGCCGGUGCAGGAGGAGCUGCAGGCGGUGGGGGAUAUGGCAGUGGAGGUGGAGCUGGAGCAGGAGGAGGUGCUGGAGGAUCACAUGGUGCCGGAGGUGCCGGAGGAGGUGGCGGUUCUGGAGGUGGAAGUGGUGGCGGUGGUGGAGCCGCCGCUGGGCAUGAAGGUGGUGCAGGCGGUGGGGGAUAUGGCAGUGGAGGUGGAGCUGGAGCAGGAGGAGGUGCCGGAGGAUCACAUGGUGCUGGAGGUGCCGGAGGAGGUGGCGGUUAUGGAGGUGGAGGUGGUGGUGGUGGUGGAGCUGCUGCUGGACAUGAAGGUGGAUAUGGAGCUGGUAGUGGUAGCGGCGGUGGUGAAGGCGGUGGUCAUGGUGGCUAUAUCCCUUGAUCAUAAAAUCAACUCUUGGUUCCAUUUAUAGUCUUAAAAUGAGCAUAUAAUUUACUCAUUUUUCCCAUUAUAAAAUUCCACAAUAAGAUUCAACGAGACCUCAACCUAUACAGAUGAGAUGCAUCCAAUCGAUUUGUAUUCUUACUAUUAUUUAUAUGUGAGAUUAAAGUUCAUUGUGCUUUUUUUA